GCCUACCAGUGUGGCAAUUCAAACGCUCAUAGAGUGUGAAUGGGACCUCAUUGAAGCUGUCUCACGAUUUGGCGAUGACUAUGAUGACGCACAAGAAGACUUUGAAAAGGAAAUCGUUACUCCUCCGACUCGUUUCUCAGGAUCCGAACACAGCUCACGUAAUGUGCAAACACCUCCACGCCAGCCUAAGAAAGACAAACGAAAGAGCAGGUCUCCUGUUCCUUUGCGGCGGGACUUGUUGCAUAAGCUUGCUUUCCAAAACGGUCAAGACUGGCCGCAAAAUCCGCGAAACGCCGCGUACGAAGCGAUCAUACUGCAGUAUUCGCCCUCGAGCCCCAGCAUGCAGACCAUUCCCAUGUUCCUCUCACCUUAUGAGGACAAAAUGUGGUACACAGGCUUCAUGAGACCUUAGGAAGACUUCAGACAGGGAGUAAAGGACUGGAUGGACGGGUGGUUAGCCCACACAUUUUUAGAGCUGCGUUGGGAACAUGUGCCUAGAGACUGUUUUGCCCCGAAGAUUCGUCUUUCGGCCGACAAAUCAGAACUCUUCGAAAUUGAUUUCGAAUUCCAUGCAGUGCGCGCAGCCGUGUGGUUGGCGACUACAGUACUUGAAACUCACGCGGUGAGGGUGCAGACAAGUACAGUGGAGUGCGAACUAGGCACCGCCGAAGACGAGGGCAUUGCCACAGAUGACUGCAUAUGGCAACCAUGUUACGUGGUCAGGUUCAGAGACUUCGGUGGAGUUCCCGAAGCGCGCCUCAUUGGCCACGUGGAGUUUCUCGCUGGCAGAUCCGGAGCCCUCACUGAGGCAUACAAACUGCGAAAGACAGCCAAAUAUGGUAGUCUGCGUUGUGUGCUUGGCGACCUCGUACAGUGGAUGCUCAUGAACAAUCAUCGCUACGCCUUUCUCGUCAGCAGCGAUGAAAUCAUGUACCUCCGAAUGGACGUUGAAGAGAUCAAGGAGAAAGACAAGAUUGUGUUCCGGCAACCCAGACUGCACUACUCGGAACCCAUGAAGAUAACCGAUGCGUUCGAUGCAGAGAAAGAGACGAUCAGCGUGCGUAUGGGUUUGCUCUACCUCUUCUGGUCAAUCAUACAGGAUGGUGAGAACUGGAAGCUGCCGGAAGAGAUGGGUAAUUGUCUCAAUUAUGCGGCAUUCACGCAAGGGGAGGAGGAUCUGAAGGUCAAGGCACCGUGUGUGCCUGAGCCGCUCAAGAAGGACGGAUAAGUACGUGAUUACUCUCAGGCUGUUCGCUCAUGGAA